AUGGCCUCCAUGCAGGACGGGCUGAACUUCACGGCUCCUCCCUACGGCAAGGUCCUGCUGCUGGGUGCUAUCGCUGCUGCCUCAGCCUUCGUUGUUACGAUCCUCAUUGUGGUGCUCUGUGUGGGCUGCCAGAGGAAGGGGAAGACACACAAUGUCCCCGGCGAAGGCGGAAAACACCGUCUUAUGGACAUGGGUAUACUCAGGCAGUCCAAACUGCGGUCCAUCAAGGCAUCUAAAAAGAACCGUCCAGCCAGCAUGGACCUUCUUCUGCUGCCCAGCCGCCGGUCUAACUCUGACCUUCGUUCUCAAGGCAGGCAGCUUCCCCAGAUUCCCUCUGGCACCGGAGAGGACGGGGAGCACACUUACUCUGAAGUGGGCCGACGCUCCUCCACCACACGCACUGACGAUGCCCUCUACGCCAUGGUAGGCAGGGCCGGGCAGACAGACACUCCGGCUCCUCCGGCCGUGCCAGCCAACACCCCUGCGCCCCCUGACCCAGACGGGGAUGGAGUGGAGGGGGGGCUUCCGGAGCCUGAGGCCCAGGUCAUGUCUCCCCCGCAUCCUCAGGAGACGGCUGAAUACGCCUGUGUCAGGAAGCUGAGGAAGGCCGACAAGGCCCCUCAAAAGAGGGACAGCGGCACUGACAUGGGGGAGCCACCGGCGCCGCCUCCACGACACGCCCCUCCGUCACAUCCUGCCCCUCCCCCGCCACACCCUCACAGUACAAAGUUGCCCCGCAGAAACGUGGAGGCCUUCAACCUUCCCUCCUUUCCAAAGGAAGCGGUGUUUAUGGGCAACGGGGAGCAGUACAUUUGGAAACCUCCAGAGGAUGAUGACAUCAUCAUGCUCCAAAAUAAAGCCCUAGGGCCUUUGGGUGCUCACACAGUAGAGAAUAUACAACCAUCUGCUGCUGCGGUGGCCGAGAUGUACUCUAAGGUGUGUAAACCAGGAAAGAAGAAGAGAGCUGUGCCGGGGUCUCCCCCAGCCAAUCCUGGCUUCCGGACCUUGGGGCGUGGUGACCGGGACCGAGAUCGGGACGGGGGGUUUAGUGUAGUGGUCAAACCCCAGACCUGGGCCCCUCAGGAGGGCAAAGCAGUUGGAGGGCCCCUUGAUGAGCACUGCUAUGAGUCCAUUGGGACUGAGGAGUGCGAUCUGGCUUAUGAGAAUAUGGAGGGUGGGGGUGGCUGGAAGCGAGAGAGGCCCCCCAAUACCUGUGCCACCCUGCGGCCUCGGAGGAAGAAACCCCAGCAGCCCUUGCAGCAGCAGCAACCCCCUCCGCCGCCACCGACACAACAAACCCCCAAGCUGCAGCACCUCCCUGCCAAAGCCCUGCUGCUGCCCGGGGAGAAUCUGUACGAGAGCAUCGGCGACCUGAAGCAGGGCUCCGCCACCUCCAGCACCACCACCAUCUUCACUUUCAAUGACGGCAUGGAGAUGUACGUAACAGGGCUGUAAGGCUGUGGCUGCACUGUGACCCCUAUCCUUCCAACACAAGGAGCUAAGCUAGCACCACAAGGAGUGAUGGCUGAGCCCCUCUCAUGCUCACUCACACAUACUGUUUACAUUCAAGUCAUGACAUCAUGCCUUUCAGAGGCUACAGAGGCCUUAGGGCAAUAAUGUUGAUCUGUUAUGACCUGGGCUGAAUGCAAAGUCCAAUCUAUAUACCUUAAAAGGAAUCCAAAGGUAGUGAAUGAUAAAUGAGCACAAGACUAUUGCAGAGAAAUCUGUAGGAAACAGUAGCACUUCUAUUUUACUGAUACAUGUGCAAAGCACAAUUUAAGUAAAAAGCCUAAAUUCUUCCUCAAUUUUAGCGGGUAAAAAUAGUAGUUUUAUCUGGUCCUAGUGGGACCCCUGUUUGGGGAACAGGCACAGCAUUAUGUGAAUCCUUUGGUAGCACUUAGUCUGUCAUGGACAGGCCUUCCCUGUAGUUGGUCAAGAUGUGAAUCAGGAGGGAAUUUAAAUGAUAUAAUGGAAUGAAUUACUAAUCAAAAUACUUGAAAGCUCAGGGACCAAGAGUAACAAUUAUGAGAGUAUUAUAACAAAAUUGCACACAUUUUGCAUUCCUCCUAAAAGCUUCAACUAAUUUUGACCAUUUUCACAUUUAAAACUAGACCGGAUAUUUCCCUCUGUCAUGUUUUGUUUCAUAUCACAUCGACUGAAAACUGUCUCCACUGCCGUCUGUAAAUGAAGUGUUUUACUUUGUUGAUCCUGUUUCUGCACUUUGCCUGCUACGAGUUGCAUGCUAAAAAAAAGUCAAAAACAAACAAAAAAUCGAGCACUGUCACGUGGUAUCUAUAUGAAUGGUUUAUUUUUUUCUAUUGUUGUUGGUUGUUUGAUUAUUUUUUAGUGUGUUGCUUUAUUUCUCUCUCUAGAGCACAAUGUCAGAUAGAUUAAAGGAUGUCUUUGGCUCAUUUGGACUCUGUGCUGCAGCGAGGAGAGUUAAUCGCCUCUCCUCCUGCACCUCCAACACACGCAGUACAGUUGAAACAAGACGAAGAGAACUGCUUGAGUUGUAUAGGUGGAGACAGUCCACUCAGCUCCCCCUCUGCUCAGUCCUCACUCAUAUCUGUGGACCGUUCGUUCAUCAACAUA